UCCUGAGAAACAUGAAGCUGUUAGAAGCCUGUUUGUUCAGUUUGCCUUCAGCUCUCAUAUCCGCCAAUCAUUCGCCAAUUGUUUAUGCAAACAAGAUAAGCCCCACAACUCUCCCGCCCCUAAACUUAUAAAGAUCCGAGACUACCUGACCACUUUAAUAAACGUCGUCUGCAUCGGAACGGCUAAUUCAGACUCAAUAAUGUACGGAAAACUCACGAUAUUUUUGGUGGCACUGGCGGCUUGUUCCGCUCAGUUUAUUCCAAUCAAACCCUUGCCGACGAAAUUGAGCUUAAAAACAACAACCACCCAGAAAGCCAAAGUAACGACGACAAAACCGCCACAGCCCGCUCCUAACAGUGGCAACACUCAAAACAGUGGAACAUGUACUUACCAAUUCCAUGUGGCAGAUCCAAAAGGCGCUUGUGCUGGAACUUCCUCUGCUUUGGAUAAGAAAGUGGACCAAGUGAAACAGGAUCUCGAUAAAACAAAGUUCCAAUAUGUGUCUCAGAACAGCAUUAUUCAGAGCACGCUAGCCCGUAUUCAGAGUGAUGGCGCUAGUUAUAUGAGCAAAUUGAAUGACUUGACCAACGAAGUCCAAAAAUUAAAGCAGUUGGCGGCCACUGCAUCCACUGGAAGCGGAGGAUCAUCCGGAAAUUCUGCAGUGCUGAAUCAGAUGUUACACGAUACCAAAGAUUUACUUACGAAAGCCAUCAGUGACAUUAACGGUAAAAUUUUCAACGUUACUAUGCAAUUGCAAAAGAGUGCUGUUGAAGAAAUGAAGAUUCAGACGGCUUUAAAUAAACAGAUCAACGACCAGACGACUAAAAUAGCAGCUGCUGAGCUGAAGCUUAUAACUCUUGAGAAUAUGCUGAAGAAUUUACAAUCGGGAUCUACGCCUGCCGCCACAAUGCCACCGGCGACCACAACAACCACCCAAGGCACGCGCACCACAAGUGGCGCUGCAGCUACCACUGGACCGGCGCCAACAGCGCCCACGGCUCUUCUGAACCAACUCAAGUCUCAACUCCAGAAACUCGAAUCAGAGGUAAAACAAGUAGAACAGUCUCACUCUAAACAGAUCACAGACCUGACCAACAAAGCAGACCAAAUCAAGACAGAAGUAACCAACCAGACGCAAGAAAUCGCCAAAGCCAAAACCUCGUCACAGGCGGCGUUCUCCAGGCUAAAGGUCACAGAGCAGGAGGUCAAGGACGCCAUUAAUAACCUCACCCAAUUCCAGAAGGACGUCACGCCAAAAAUGACCAUACUUCAACAGGAGAUACUGGAGACCAGCAAGAACGUGUCUACGGUGAUCGCUAACCUUCAGCAGCUGGGAGGUAACAUUAUCAAGGACAAGAUGCAGAUUUUCAAGAACAAGAGAGAUAUAUCCAAACUCAUUCCAGACGCCCUCAAAGUCGAAAAGGAUUUGCAGAAUCUCAACACCACGAUUACAACACAAGCUGGAGAACUUCUACAGUUAGAACAGGAUGUCCAUGCUCUAAAAGGAAACUUCACCACAAACGGGAAGUCGGCCAAGCAGUACGUGGACGCCAUUAAAACGGACAUGAACACAAAGAUGUCCAGCCUGAAUACGACUCUGAACUCGGCCACUUCCGACAUCAUGACCCUCAUGGGUCAAGCAGCCCGGCUCAGUCAGCUUUGUGGAUAGUCACGUGACCUCUGAUGUCGUCAUUUACAUAUCAAACGAUAUCAAACGAUAUGAUGUCAUUUGUAACAUUGUACAUUGUGAUAUUGCGUCAUGACUCUUUGUCUUUUUUAUAUUAUGAGAAUCGUGGCUUGAUUACAUUUGUUAUUUACUUGCAUUU